AUGGACCAGAGGGUCAUUCGUGGACUACCCAGGGAGAUGUCAAUCGAUGACGUCAAAGAGGGUCUAGUGAGCCAAGGUAUCGCAGACGCGGAGGACCACCAAGAAGCCCCUUCCGCACUUCCUCGUCAAGACGAAGAUGCCGGAAAAGCUUCUAGAGAUCCAGAGGCUGGCCAUGCUCACGGUCAGCUUCGAGAGGAAGAAAAAGUCCACCGAGCCCAGCCAAUGUUACCGCUGCCAGCGGUACGGGCACACACAGCGGAACUCCCGUCUCGCUGA